AUGUCCGGAUAUAAAAAAGAUACAAACUUUGGUAAACACGAAUUAUCUACGUUCACGAAUCCUAAAAAUCUUAACGAAGUAUCUUCAAGGAAACUUUCAAGGACUAUGUCAGAUACAUCCCGUUCUGAUCCAGAGAAAAGCAAUUUUUUGCUUAAUAUGUUAAGGCCUGAUGUUGUGCAGAAUCAAACACAACUUCAUAGUCUGCCUGGUUUGAAUCCUAGCUCAAAUCCAAAUGCCGUGGAAAAGCCAGUUGGUAGUCCACUCACAGCCCCCAAACAGCCUUUCUUCAACAGUUUCAAUCCCUUUGACUUCUUAGAAGCGACAAGUCCUUUGUUGCAGCGUCAGUCACCCAACGCUACUGGUGCUAACUCAAUUACAGAUACAACUCGAAAAAAGGAUGUACGAUCCCCCUUGAGGCCUAAAAAACGACAAGAUACGACCUUUUCGAGUUUUGAAAGAACUGGAGAUUUUUUUAAGAUAAAGGAAGCCGAAACGAAACCUGCAUCUCCUCUACAUCCUUCCUCCAUUCCUGCAAAGGAAGAAAGAAGGGACCUGGAAGAGUAUCAUUUUUCUCAAUUUACGGACGAUAAUAAGCUUCCUCAUGAGGUUUACAGCAUUGAUCCACCUUUGGGUCGUUCGUUCACUCUUCCACCAUCAUGCGUAUCUUCCCCGUUGUUGACUGAUUCUUUCUACUCGAUAGCGAAGGCGAACCUUCCGUAUAGUUGCUUUUACGAACCGUUGACCUUGGCUGAUAAAAAAAAGCAGUAUGCUGCCUACGUUGAUCAAAACCUUGACCGAGUAUGCGUAUCGAACGAUGCUACCAAGAAGUUUUGUACAUUGGGUUGCGAAAGCCAAGUUGUCUACCUGGGCUUUGGAGAAGAUAAAUCAUCAAACGUUUAUUUACUUGCUGUUGAUUGCGAUGGUAAAGCUUCAGUUUGGAAUAUAGAUGACAGCGGAUAUGGUCCUAUUGCUUCUUUAGUUUUAAGUAUUCAUCAUCCUUUAUUGAGAGGCUGCACCUGGGUGUCUCGGGAUUCGAAUUUAAUUGGCUUUUUAGUGAAAAACAAAUUUUAUGUGAUACAGGUUCCAUUAAUCAGGAACUAUAUGAAACUUAAUUCAAUCGAACUUAUCGAGAAUUCCUCAGUCUUGAUUGUGGAGACUCCUUCUACCGUUGUUUCUUGCUCGUUAUCUAAAGAUAAAACCGUGCUAGCUUUGUUAGUCAAAUCUAAAGUAUAUUUGUAUCGAGUGGCUUUAUCCAUUGAUGCGAAUAUAGAAAAACAGCUUCUUUCUGUUCCUUUCGCAUUUAUAGAUUUAUGUUUGCCGUCGCCUGCUGACUGUAUCUUCUUUUUGUCUACAAGCAGGAAGGACGGUACAUAUCUAGAUAGAGUACUGUGUAUUUCAUACAACCGAAACUCUACUCUAUUCUUGUUUGAUCUUGGAUGUCGCCAAGUUACUCAAGAAAUCAACUUGAAGAAUGAAAAUCGAAAAUUCUCUCCGCACCUGCUAGGUGUUUCCAAAAAUCAUGACUUGAUAAUAUCUGUGUCAGGGGACUAUUUAGAUAUUUUCUCUUAUCACGCUUCUUCACCUUCUUCUGACCUCGAUCACUAUAACUCUUCCUCUUUUAUAAUGGCAGCUCUCAAUAGUGAUUUUUUUGGCGAAUCUGGCUAUAUUGGGGCUGUAAUGUCUAAAACAAUCUUAAACGACGGAAUUUUGUACUCAAAUCUGAUUUCGGAAAAUAACGAUGAACUCAAUUUACUCUUAGCCUUAACCAGCGGAUAUUAUUUGUUAGCUAUGGAUGCUGAUUGUUUUAGUAAAGAAGGGAAAUCACUGAACUAUCCAAUUCCCGAACAGCCUAUUUUAGCAUCUGCAUGUCUGGAAAAGGCCGACAAAGAGGCGAGCAUUCCCAACUUGGAGAAACUUAAACUUCCGAAUUCUGUUAAAGAAAUAGAAACCGCAGUUUCCGAAUAUGCAUCAAACAUCCUAAACUCCUCUUCAACUUGGCACUUAGAAUCUAUGAUUGAAGCAGUCACUCCGCAAAAUGAUGAAGUAUUUAGUUUCGUCAACAUGUUGCUAAAGAAAAGGGCAAACGAAAAACUGAAAGAGAGGUUACCGAAUCAGAUUGCGUCGUUAAUAAAGCAGUCGCUUGGCUCACAUCUAAAUUCUACUAUAAACACUCAAUUGAAACAGACGGUGGAUGAAUGUAUUCAAGAGCCAUUGGACUCUUACGUACCCACUGCUUUUAAAUGUGAAGAACCGGAAUUACUCAAAAACUCGUUAGUAAAAAUAAAGUCUCAAAAUCAAGACAAGUCAAUGGCUAUGUCUGCUCUCGCUACACGUGUAAGCUCUAUUUCAACGAUUUUAGACAAUAAGAACACUUACGAUGGUAGUUCGUACCCGGUGAGCUCUAAUGAUAUUUCAGACCGCCUUAAUGAUCUUUCAAAAAUGAUUGAUGCUACGAAAAAUGAAGAAGCUUUAAUCUAUUUCACGAAAUUUCCAAACGUCUCUACGUUUCGAAUGUUAAAAAGAAUACCUGACUAUGCUCUGGAUGAAUGUUCGUUUGUUCAUUUAUUGACGUUCAUUUAUACGUUAUCAACCUUUGAAUUUGAAGAUGAUGAUCUCAAAAAGCUGUGCAUACAAUUAAUGUCAAGGGCAACUUCUCGUCUGCGUGCUAUGGAAGCGCCGCAUUUAACUGAAAAGGUUAAAAUUUUACCUGAACUUUUCCCUACAGUUGUCGACAUUACAUUGAAAAAUGUUGAGACAAUUUUAGCUCAGCAAAUAGUCGUUGGCUAUGAGACAAAGUACGAAUUCUUAAAAACCUCUCUCAAAUCUUUACAAAAAGAGCUGAGUGCUUUUUACGAUGUUUCAGUUUGA